CAGCCGUUGAAGCGAACGCGUGCCUACUUACCUACCUACCUACCAACAAGUCUGCCCGCCUCCCAGAUUCUCUGCGGUUCAGCAGGUUCUCCCGAGAUGGCGUCCUCCAAAUGUCUUGCCCAAGACGAUCCUUCGAACCUGUGGCCAUAUUGUCCCUCUGUCGCCGCAGCAUUGAUUCUCGCACUCCUCUUCCUGGGCACAACUGUCGCACACAUCUAUCAAGCCACCCGCCACCGACAACUCUUCUGUCUGGUCGUCAUCAUUGGAGCGAUCAUGGAGACAGCUGCCUUUGCUUUCCGAUUCUUGUCGGCCAAACACCCUACUCAAAAGGGAUCGUAUGAUGCGUCUUUCCUCCUGAAUCUUCUGGCUCCAAUUUUCGUCAACGCUUUUGACUACAUGAUCAUCUCUCGAUUGGUUAGAUGUUUUCUGCGGAAGACGAAGGUCUUUGGACUGGGAGGCAACAUCAUGGGAAAGAUCUUUGUCUGCUGUGAUAUAAUAUCCUUCAUUAUUCAGAUCGGUGGCGGUCUUUUGACCCUGAGCAAGACGGCAAACUCGGCAAAGACGGGCGUCCAUAUCGUGACGUUUGGGGUGGUGUUUCAGGAAGCACUGAUCGUCUUCUUCUUUGCCUUGACCGUGCGGACGACGAAGAAGCUUGACUGGGUCAUGCCUCACAGCCGGAUAUCCAAAGACGCCAAAGCCUGCAUUCAUGCUGUGCAGAUCUCAUUGCUCUUGAUCACUUACCGCAUCGUCUAUCGGAUUGUCGAAUUCUCUUCCGGCCAAGGCAGCAGUCUGAAUACCUACAUCAACAAGCACGAAUGGUGCGAGUAUGUCUUUGACGGCGUGCCGAUGUUUUUCGCCUUGGUGGUCAUGAACAUCUUCCAUCCGGGAAAGGUGCUGUCCACUGGAAAUGUCGAUGCAUUUGCAGUCCCCUUGAAUGAAUACUGAGAAGAUUUCCAUGUGUUUGUUGUCGGAAUUAGCUGGCAAGGCAAAAUAAUGGACGCUCAACUUGAAAAGCCUCGGGGACCUAAUGACACUUUGAAUGCCAGAAACAGGUCCGAAGACUUCUCAUACAAGCCGUUGAAUCCACCCACACAGCAGCCCUUGCGGGCCCCUAUCUCGUUGGUGUGUCCUGGAGAUACACCCAACACAGAAAUCGACAUUGUCAAGAUGGUUGAAGGGUAUUGAAUGCCCAUCCAUCAGGUCAGAGAAGUCCUACCACCCUGGGGAAGUACGUUUGACCAAGCUCUGUCUCCGGAACGACAGAUACAAAGUGUUUGCAUCGAACCUGCGCCAGGGUGUCGAGACGCGUUGCUGGAAAUAUUAGCCUGGGGCGAGUUGAUAGCAAGGGCUGACGAGAAUCCCCAGGGACAGUUACAUUGUGGACCUUUCGCUGGGUCCAAUGUAUCCUCCGAAACUUGCGGCUCUCAUUUUGGCGAAACUGAUAGUGAUAUAGAGCUACGCAGUGUCCCAGGCUUGUGAAGCACGAGUAAGCGGUUGCGGCUUUACGGUGUGCGAAAGGAUGGUCUGGCCCGUUGAUUGGCAUGAAUGCCACGAUGAUCACCGCACGUUGAUAAUGAUACUGUUGCGAAGUAAAUUGUUAAACAAAGU